AGUCGUGAAACUGAGACAAUGAGUAAGGCCCCUCAUAUCUCCAAUUGCAGUGUAGCCAGCGAUUAUUUAGACUUGGGUAAGAUUACUGAGGAAGAUGAUCUUCCUGGUGUUCAAGGGAAAAGGAAAGCAGCAUCAAAGGCUGUGGUAAAACAGAGGAAGAUUCUUUUGGACGGCAGUGAUGGCGAUAGUGCCAACCACUCUGAACCAGACUUCGCAACUGGUGAAGAGUCCGAGGAUGACUCUGAUUUUAGUGAGAGUGAAGAUGACGAAGACUUCACCAUGAGAAAAAACAAAGAGAAAGAAAUCAAAAAGAAAGUAGUGAAGGUCAAACCCCCAGUUGAAAAGAAGGAGAAGAAACCUAAAUCCAAAUGUAAUACGGAAGUGACUUCAAGAGACUCUGCUCCAGCUGCCAUGAAAUCAGGACCUCAGCCUUCACCAAAAAAGGUUUCUGUUUCUUCGGAGGUCACUAGGAAACCAUUGCAAAUACGCAGUCCUUCAGCUGAAAACAAAAAACCUAAGUGGGUCCCUCCAGCGAUAUCCGGAAGCAGCAGCAGCAAGAGCCCACUGGCAGGCAUGUCUGUUAAGUCUCCAAAUCAGAGUCUCUGCCUGGGUUUGUCCCGAUUAGCACGAGUUAAACCUUUGCAUCCAAGUGCUGCUAGUAGCUGAGUAUGGUAAUAAACACAUGUUUGAUUAAGAGAAUCACAGU